AUGGAGUUUGUGCCGGCGCUGUGGCUCGGCCUGGCGCUGGCGCUGGGACCGGGGCCCUCCGGGGGCCACCCGCACCCGUGCGGCGUCCAGGCGCGCCUGGGGGGCUCGGUUCGCCUGGGCGCUCUCCUGCCCCGCGAGCCUGCCGCCCGCGCCCGCGCCCGCGCCGCCCUAGCCCGGGCCUCCCUGGCGCCGCGGCUGCCCCACAACCUGACCCUGGAGCUAGUGGCUGCCGCUCCCCCCGCCCGCGAUCCCGCCUCGCUCGCCCGCGGUCUGUGCCAGGCGUUGGCGGCACCGGGAGUGGCGGCCCUGAUCGCCUUCCCCGAGGCGCGACCCGAGCUGCUGCAGCUGCACUUCCUGGCGUCCGCCACCGAGACCCCCGUGCUCAGCGUGCUGCGGCGGGAAACGCGCGCGCCCCUCGGCUCCCCGAACCCGUUCCACCUGCAGCUGGACUGGGCCAGCCCCCUUGAGACACUGCUGGAUGUGCUGGUAUCCGUGCUGCGGGCUCACACCUGGGAGGACGUCGGCCUGGUGCUCUGCCAUGUACGCGACCCUGGCAGCCUGGUGGUCCUGUGGACAAGCCGGGCAGGCCGGGCCCCGAAGUUUGUGCUGGACCUGAGCCGGCCAGAGCUGGGUGAUGCAGGGCUGAGCGCACGCCUGGCACUCCUGGGGGCACCAGCUGGAGGGAAGGCCCCAGUCCCUGCAGCCGUACUCCUGGGCUGUGAUGCAGCCCGCUCCCAACAGGUACUGCAGGCUGCACCCCCUGGUCCCCGCUGGCUGCUGGGCACACCACUUCCUCCUGAGGCCCUGCCCACUGAGGGUCUGCCACCCGGAGUGCUGGCGCUGGGCGAGGUGGCCCGGCCCCCACUGGAGGCCGCCAUCCAGGAUGUGGUGGAACUAGUGGCCCGUGCGCUGGAUAGUGCUGCCCGCAUGCAGCCAGAGCGUGCCCUGCUUCCUGCCACAGUCAACUGCAGUGACCUACCACCACCAGAGCCCGAGUCUUCGGGCCGCCUCUUGGCACGGUUCCUGGCCAACACAUCCUUCUGGGGCCGCACGGGGCCGGUGUGGGUAACCGGCUCCUCGCAGGUGCACAUCUCCCGGCGCUUCCGCCUGUGGAGCCUCCGCCGGGACCCCAGGGGUGCCCCGGCCUGGGCCACGUUGGGUCGCUGGCGGGACGGGCGGCUGGAGUCGGAGGCAUGGGGCGCGGCCGAGCAGCCCCCACCCCCGCCAGGCGCCCAGGCGCGGCCCAGGCUGCGGGUGGUGACGCUGGUGGAGCAUCCGUUUGUGUUCGCCCGCCAGCCAGAUGAAGACGGGCGGUGCCCGGCGGGGCAACUGUGCUUGGCCCCCGGCACCAAUGAUUCGGCCACUCUGGACGCACUCUUCGCCGCGCUGGCCGACGGCUCGGCCCCCCGCGCGCUGCGCAGGUGCUGCUAUGGCUACUGCAUUGACCUGCUGGAGCGCCUGGCGGAGGACGCACCCUUCGACUUCGAGCUCUACAUCGUGGGCGACGGCAAGUACGGCGCGCUGCGCAACGGCCGCUGGACCGGCCUGGUGGGCGACCUGCUGGCCGGCCGGGCGCACAUGGCCGUCACCAGCUUCAGCAUCAAUUCGGCCCGCUCGCAGGUGGUGGACUUCACCAGCCCUUUCUUCUCCACCAGCCUGGGCAUCAUGGUGCGCGCGCGCGACACGGCGUCGCCCAUUGGCGCCUUCAUGUGGCCGUUGCACUGGUCCAUGUGGCUGGGCGUCUUCGCCGCGCUGCACCUGACCGCGCUCUUCCUCACCCUCUACGAGUGGCGCAGCCCCUUCGGCCUAACGCCCCGCGGCCGCAACCGGGACACCGUGUUCUCCUACUCCUCUGCCCUCAACCUCUGCUAUGCCAUCCUCUUUGGACGCACUGUGUCCAGCAAGACGCCCAAGUGCCCAACAGGCCGCCUCCUCAUGAACCUGUGGGCCAUCUUCUGCCUGCUUGUGCUGUCCAGCUACACGGCCAACCUGGCUGCCGUCAUGGUCGGGGACAAGACUUUUGAGGAGCUGUCUGGAAUCCACGACCCCAAGCUGCACCACCCGUCUCAGGGCUUCCGUUUCGGCACGGUGUGGGAGAGCAGCGCCGAGGCCUACAUCAAGAAAAGCUUCCCGGAGAUGUAUUCACACGUGCGGCGCCAUAGCGCACCUACCACUCCCCACGGCGUCGCCAUGCUCACGAGCGAUCCCCCCAAGCUCAACGCCUUCAUCAUGGACAAGUCGCUCCUGGACUAUGAGGUGUCCAUCGACGCCGACUGCAGGCUGCUAACCGUGGGCAAGCCCUUCGCCAUUGAGGGCUAUGGUAUCGGACUCCCCAGAAAUUCUCCGCUCACCUCCAACCUGUCCGAGUUCAUCAGCCGCUACAAGUCCUCCGGCUUCAUCGACUUACUGCACGACAAGUGGUACAAGAUGGUGCCUUGUGGGAAGCGGGUCUUCGCCGUGACGGAGACCCUGCAGAUGGGCGUCUACCACUUCUCCGGACUCUUUGUGCUGCUCUGCCUGGGUCUGGGUAGUGCUCUGCUCAGUUCUCUGGGUGAGCAUGUCUUCUACCGCCUGGCGCUGCCGCGCAUCCGAAGGGGCAACAAGCUGCAAUACUGGCUGCACACGAGCCAGAGAAUUCAUCGUGCCCUCAACACAGAGCCACCAGAGGGGCAGGAGGAGGCGGAGUCGAGGGGUCUCAAGGAGCCGCAGCAGAACACACAGGCCGCCCCUGCGAGCCGGGCGGGCUGGACACGGGUGCGCCGGGCCGCGGUGAGGGAGCGUCGAGUGCGUUUCCUGCUGGAGCAUACUGUGGUCUCUGCCUCCCCGGAUGCGUAUGUCCCAGAUGCGGAUGCAGCCGCACCACCCGAAGCCCCCGUCUGCUCCAAUGGCCCGCCCGCCAAGCUUCAGUCUGGCGCCCCGCUCCCCGGGGAGCUGGAGGAGCUGGAGCAGCGCAUCGUGGGUGCGCAGGAGAGGCUCCGCCAGGCGCUGCUGCGGCGCAGGGCGCUCCUGGCCCAGCUUGGGGACAGCACCUGA